CAGAAGGAAAGAGCUGCCCACAUUCCUCCUUCUCACCACUUGCCAUCACCUUUGACUUCGUUCGAACAAGAGGACCGCGAGGAGCAGAAGCAGUAGCAGCAGGCUCUUUGCCUGCUUAGGGUGACACGCAGCUCCAUCUCACCUCGCUCCCACGCCCAUCCUCGCACGUCCCACGCCCAACGCUCACGCGCUACGCGCCUUCUCAUGGUCGUCACUCUCCCGCCUCCUCUUCCCCAUCAUCACCAGCCAUCAUCCUCAUCAGCAGGCUUCACAAUGGUUCGCGGAGCAACUCACCCCGCAGCAGCAUCGGCACCCGCGAUCCCGCCCCAGCCUCAGCAUCCCGCCCGUCCGUCGAGCGACUUCUGGACUCAGCCUCCCAUACAGCGUCCAAUGCGCGGCCUAUGGCGCAUCGAGACGCAGGCGACGACCUGCAAUGGCACUGAGAGUGGCAACAAAGCAGCCAGCCUCGACGGACCGCCGUCGACUGCCGUCCCUCCUCGCGCCGACUGGCCGCCAACUCCCCCGCUCUCCUCCUCGGCGUCCAAGACAAUCUUCACCAGCGGCAACGGCACGGGCGGAUCCUACUCUCCAUCCACGCAGCAACAACAACGGCACAGCUCGCAAAGGUCAAAGAAUGACAUCUUUGAGCAUCCUUCCCCUGUACUCACCCCUCCAAAGCCACCACCAGCCCUCCCGCCCAUGAUGGCCGCACACGCGAGCCUCGAUUCUGCUCCCGCACCCGCGUCGCCUUCGACGGGACCAAAAUCGCGUAACAGCCUCUUCUUCGAGACGCCAUCGAGCAGCCCGAGUUUUGCAGUAUGGAGGGGAACAUGGCAGCCCAACGCAGAUGUGACCGCUUCGCCCACGCUGGCGUCUGCUUCGAGUCGCCAGCCACCACCGACACCACCCCUGCCGCAACACCCCUCCGCGUCCACGUCCGCGUCUACGUGGGACGAGAGUCGCCCCCUCUACACGUCGACUAGCCUCUCCCGCGAUACGCAACGGCCCUCGUUGGGCAGGCUGAGCUCCGAAGAGCAGCAACGUGAGCGUGAUCGUAUUCGCGGGGCGAGCAAGGAGAUCGACUUUCGCCUUACGCCAUCGAAGCAGAACUUGCUAGGAGAGGGAAGACAUUGCAAUGUGUACUUGGGCGCGUAUAGAAAGCGUGGUGGGGCAGGCGGAAGGGUAGGGGAAUGGCAACUCUGUGCUAUCAAGCGAUUGCACGCCGAUCGGCAAAGCCAGUUGCUGGGGUUGGAUGAAGGAUUCGCGUUGAGGAGAAUCGGGAGACAUCCAGGGAUCGUGGCGCUCAUCGAUAUUAGGGACGAAGUCAUGGCGCCCACGCCCGCCCCAACCACCUCCACUUCUUCGACCCUUGGGCUGGGCCGUCCUCCCUCCAACUCCGUAUCACUGCAUGGCAGGUCGACGAGCGCUGCUCAGCAGCAGGCGCAAGGACGCGGCGCUGCCGGAAGGACACAACAACACAUGCGCCUGGCUUCUCAGCCCGUCGGACACGCUCAAACCCCUCAAGUCCGCAUCAGCGGGCAAGACGGCAGCAGCAUAGACGAGUGGAGCAACCGCAGCGAUGACGAGGACGACUGCCCCUCAUCGGCCUCCGCCCUCGCUGAGCAGCAGCAGCAGCAGCAGCAGCAGGCCGCAGCUGAAGCGGCCAGCAUCCCGCCAAGCAUCAGCACCGACCCACCCCGUCUCCUCAUCCUGCUCGAGCUCCUCCCCCACUCCCUCGCUGCCUAUUCCCGCCGACACUCCAACUCCAUCACCCUCGACUUUUGGAUGCGCACCGCCCUGGACCUUAGCGCGACAAUCGAGUACGUCCACUCUCGCGGAUGUGUGCACGCGGACAUCAAGCCGGAGAACGUCUUGCUCGACGACGAAGGGAGGACGAAGUUGUGCGACUUCAACUCCGCCUUCUUUCCCAGCGCAGCAAGCGCGCCACUGACUGAUGGGCUGGGCUUGGGCACGCCGGCUUACGGUGCUCCAGAGCUUACGCGACGCGGGGGUAGCUCGAGUGGAGGGCAAAAGGCAGUCGUCUCCUAUCCAGUGGAUAUUUUCUCCCUUGGAGCUGUCCUGUACGGCUUGGCGACUGGAGUAGAGCCCAUGAGUCGCGCAAGGAGUGCGGUCGAUAUGCUGCAUAGGAAGGAGCACUUUUUCGCUACAGAGGAGAAUGAUCGCUUGACGCGCGUUGCGAUUGGGAAGGGGUGGGCUUCUUCGUCCAGCAGUAAUGGAGGAGGUGGUACUGGUGCGAGCAGGAGGUCGAGCACGCGCAGCAAACGAGCCACCAAGGCUGGGCCGCGAGGCAGCGCUAAUGGGUCGUCAUUCGACAGCGGCUCUCCCCCCGCUAGGCGCUCAUCGCUGCGAAGACAAGGAAGCACGGACAGCAUGAGCACGAGCGCAGAUGGAAGCAAGCGCUCCUCCCUCGCAUCCAGCGUAACGACCAUCGCGGGACAGAAGCCCAGCAUGGCAGCGGUAGAAGCGCUCCUACACCCGGGGGAUGAGGCUGGCGUUCUCCCCGUCCCCGAGGGAAGUGGCAGGGGACAUCGCUACGUGAACGCGGCGGCGGCUGCUGCGGCUGGGCAGGCGAUCAAGGCUGCCACGAAUCAGGAGGGAAACCAGCAUCACCGUGCCUCUUCGCUGAACAAGAACAAGCAGCAAGACCCUAGAGAGGUGGACAUGACCGCGGAUGCAUCUUCAGCGCGUCCGGCGUGGCUGAGGAGGACCACUUCGUAUGGAGGACCGGAGACGGUCUCUGCCUCCUCGGCGGACAUGAACCCUUCCACCUCCUUCCAAGCAAACAGCCUCCUAUCGCCACCCACCUCCCCCAACCACCGUCUUCUCCCUUCGGCACACAUCAAUGCCGGGUCAGAGCUCGCGGCUCACUCUCUGCAGCAGCGUCUCUUCAAGCAGCAAAUACCCCAUGGGAGGAGCCACGCACGCACCCCUUCACUCGACUCCACGGCGUCUUCCUCCUCACUCUCGACGAGCCAUACAGCGCCGGGCGACGAUGGCGAGUCGGACGUAGACUCCACGACUGAUCCGUCGCAGGAUGGGAACGGACAGGAAGAGGAUGAAGAAGGGCCAGACGAUACGCCUUAUAUUGAUGGUUCACCUGCGCUCCUUCUCCCAGGUGGAGGAAGGCUACCGCAGAGCGCGUUGGAUCUGCUCGAGCAGAUGCUCCUGCCUGACCCGAGAAAGCGACCGGGCGUGGCGGAGGUGAGGCGCAGGCUAGAGUUGGUGGAGAGGGAGGUGUAUGAGUAUGCAGAGGGGGAAAAGGGCCCCUAACUGGAGGCGCUCGAUGGCGACCAGGAGUCGACCACGACGGCUCACAACUAUAUCUGUAUUUGUACGAAACUUCUCUACGAGGCAAGACCUCGCGACGUGGUGUCGUUCCUUAGGUGCGCAUACAAACGAACGAAAGCACGGCGCCGUAGCUUAGCAUGUACUCCAUCUUCCGACCCUUCUGUUGAGAUCAAUAUAUCUAUCUAGAGACCCGAG